CAAAAUCAUUCCAUUCAGCCUUGCCAACGAAGCUUUUUUUCCUUUUCACACAAUCUUUUUUCGAAUUACUCUUCAUUUUAUUCAUUUCUCACUCCCAGAUUAAUACCAAACACAAAAUGAAGAUGCUCAAGGAGCCGGAGAUAAAGCUGUUCGGCCGGAAGAUCUACUUCCCCGACAACGCCGCCGCCGGAGAGUGCUCCGGCGAGAGCACUGAUUGCGAUCGCUUAUUGGAAAAUAGCAGAGAUGAAGCUGAAACCAAAAAGCAGGAGCAGAGAGAUGAGGAGGUAGCAGAAGGAGAAACAAGUGCUGAAAAUUCGGAAUCACAGAUUACGGAUGCUCCAUCAGAGUCCGAGAAGGGCCCGAAAGCACCCCCAGCCGACGAAGACAGCAAGUCGGAAAAAGAGAAGAAGAGCGAGACAACCAAUUCGGAGCAAAAAACACUAAAGAAGCCGGACAAAAUCAUCCCGUGCCCACGGUGCAACAGCAUGGACACCAAGUUUUGCUACUACAACAACUACAACGUCAACCAGCCGCGCCACUUCUGCAAGAGCUGCCAGAGGUACUGGACGGCCGGGGGCACAAUGCGGAACGUCCCAGUGGGCGCCGGCCGACGCAAGACCAAGAACUUCCGCCACCUCACCAUCUCUGAAGCUCUCCACGCGGACGGAUUCCACGGCCUCAAAUUCAAGCCGAAUGGAACCGUCCUCUGCUUCGCCCAGGACUCGCCCCAAAUGCCCUCUGCUGAGAAAAAGAGCGAAGAAAGUACUAAUGCGCCGCGGAAUCCGGCCAUGGAUGGUUUCCAUCACCGCACGAAUGGAUUCCCAUGGCCGUUUCCGUGGAAUCCGGCCGCUCUCCCUCCAAUGCAGAUGCCAAUGCCAAUGCCAAUGCCGAUGCCGAUGCCAUACUAUUUAUGGAAUUCCGGAAAUUGGAAUUUGGCAACGGCUAGCCCUGAGUCGCCGUUGGGGAAGCAUUCGAGGAGCGGGGAGGUUGUGGAGCCGGAAGGGCAGAGGAAGAAGAGCUCGGUUGUGGUGCCAAAGACGCUGAGGAUGGAUGAUCCGGAAGAGGCUGCUAGGAGCUCUAUAUGGUCGACGCUCGGGAUCAAGUACGAUGCCGUUAGUAGGGAAGGACUUUUCAAGUCCUUGCAAGCCAAGGGCGGCGACAAGAAACCGGGGAUGGCUGCAGCAGCGUCGCCGCUGAUGCAAGCCAAUCCGGCGGCUCUGUCGCGGUCCCUGGCGUUCCAAGAGGGUGCUUGAUUUGUUGUUGUAGCUUUGGUGAAUGUAGAUAAGUUUUGUACAAGUUGUAUAGUAGUAUGAAUUAUAGAACUUAGAUGCUUGUAAUCAUACUCAUUAACCGCUUUCAAUCUAGUUUGAAUGUGCCGAAACGGUGAAAUGAGAUAUUAUAUGUGCGGAUGUAUAUAGUAGUAGUACCUCUUAUAGUUGGAAAUUUUCAA